AAUUAAGUGUGUGGCAGAGGGAGGGACCAGAGACGCUCAAAGUUUAAUCAUUGAACCAGGCAGCUGGAAGUAUUUAGUCCAAAGCAUCUAACUCCAGGUCCAAGCUAGAAGUGUGCAGCACUCCAGAGAGUGGGAGUAAACACUAUACAGAAAUCUCUGCCUAGCUCAGGAGCAACCAACUUAGGGAACAUGUUCGCGGUACACUUGAUGGCAUUUUACUUCACCAAGCUAAAGGAGGAUCAGAUCAAGAAGGUGGACAGGUUCCUGUAUCACAUGCGGCUCUCAGAUGAGACCCUCUUGGACAUCAUGGCCCGGUUCCAAGCUGAGAUGGAGAAAGGUCUAGGGAAGGACACGAACCCCACGGCCUCGGUGAAGAUGCUGCCCACCUUCGUCAGGGCCAUUCCAGAUGGUUCAGAAAACGGGGAGUUCCUUUCCCUGGAUCUGGGAGGUUCUAAGUUUCGAGUAUUGAAGGUGCAAGUCUCUGAAGAGGGGAAGCGACAGGUCCAAAUGGAGAGUCAGUUCUACCCAACGCCCAAUGAGAUCAUCCGGGGGAAUGGCAUGGAGCUCUUUGACUAUGUGGCUGACUGCCUGGCAGACUUCAUGAAGACCAAAGAGCUGACACACAAGAAACUGCCCCUUGGCUUUACCUUUUCUUUUCCCUGCAGACAGACCAAGUUGGAAGAGGGCGUCCUGCUUUCAUGGACCAAGAAGUUCAAGGCCCGGGGGGUUCAGGAUACAGAUGUGGUGAGCCGCCUGACCAACGCCAUGAAGAGGCACAAGGACCUGGACGUGGAUAUCCUGGCUUUGGUCAAUGACACCGUGGGGACCAUGAUGACAUGUGCCUAUGAUGAUCCCUACUGUGAAGUCGGCGUCAUCAUCGGAACAGGCACCAAUGCAUGCUACAUGGAGGACAUGAGCAACAUCGACCUAGUGGAAGGUGACGAGGGGAGGAUGUGCAUCAACACAGAGUGGGGGGCCUUUGGGGACGACGGGGCUUUGGAGGACAUCCGCACAGAGUUUGACAGGGAGCUGGACCUUGGCUCGAUCAACCCUGGGAAGCAACUGUUCGAGAAGAUGAUCAGUGGCCUGUACAUGGGGGAACUGGUCAGGCUCAUCUUGCUGAAGAUGGCCAAGGCUGGCCUCCUGUUUGGGGGUGCAAAAUCCUCCGCUCUCCUUAUGAAGGGCAAGAUUGAAACACAGCACGUGGCUGCCAUGGAGAGGUAUAAAGAAGGCCUGGCCAACACGAGGGAGAUCUUAGUGGAUCUGGGCCUGGACCCCUCAGAGGCUGACUGCAUUGCAGUCCAGCACGUCUGCACCAUCGUCUCUUUCCGCUCUGCCAAUCUUUGUGCUGCUGCUCUGGCAGCCAUCCUGACCCGCCUCCAGCAAAACAAGAAGCAGGCCCGGCUCCGUACCACAGUGGGCAUGGAUGGAACUCUCUACAAGAUACAUCCUCAGUACCCCAAACGCCUGCACAAGGUGGUGAGGAAACUGGUCCCAAACUGUGAUGUCCGCUUCCUCCUAUCAGAGAGUGGCAGCACCAAGGGGGCCGCUAUGGUGACUGCAGUGGCCUCCCGAGUGCAGGCCCAGCGUAAGCAGAUUGACAAGGUGCUAGCUCUGUUCCAGCUGACUCAAGAGCAACUUCUGAGUGUUCGGGACAGGAUGCGGACUGAACUUGAGUAUGGGCUGAAAAAAAAAACUCAUGCCCUGGCUACAGUCAAGAUGUUGCCCACCUAUGUCUACGGGAUGCCUGAUGGCACAGAGAAAGGAAAGUUUCUGGCUCUGGAUUUGGGAGGAACUAACUUCCGGGUCCUUCUGGUGAAGAUCCGAAGUGGACGGAGGUCAGUGCGAAUGUACAACAAGAUCUUUGCCAUCCCUCUGGAGAUCAUGCAGGGUACUGGUGAGGAGCUGUUCGAUCAUAUUGUGCAGUGCAUUGCUGACUUCCUGGAGUACAUGGGCCUCAAGGGAGCCCAGCUACCUCUGGGCUUCACGUUCUCCUUUCCCUGUAGACAGAUGAGCAUCGACAAGGGAACACUCGUAGGGUGGACCAAAGGCUUCAAGGCUACUGACUGUGAGGGGGAGGACGUGGUGGACAUGCUCAGAGAAGCUAUCAAGAGGAGAAAUGAGUUUGACCUGGACAUAGUUGCAUUGGUGAAUGACACGGUGGGGACCAUGAUGACCUGUGGCUAUGAAGAUCCUAAGUGUGAAAUUGGCUUGAUUGCAGGGACCGGAAGCAAUGUAUGCUACAUGGAGGAGAUGAGGAACAUCGAGCUGGUGGAAGGGGAUGAAGGGAAGAUGUGCAUCAACACAGAGUGGGGUGGAUUUGGAGAUAAUGGCUGCAUAGAUGAUAUUUGCACUCAGUAUGACAAGGAGGUGGAUGAGGGAUCCUUGAAUCCUGGCAAGCAGAGAUACGAGAAAAUGACCAGCGGGAUGUACCUGGGUGAGAUUGUGCGGCAGAUCCUGAUAGACCUGACCAAGCAGGGGCUCCUCUUCCGAGGACAGAUUUCAGAGCGACUCCGGACCAGGGGCAUCUUUGAAACCAAAUUCCUGUCCCAGAUUGAAAGUGAUCGGCUGGCCCUCCUGCAGGUCAGAAGGAUCCUGCAGCAGCUGGGCCUGGACAGUACAUGUGAAGACAGCAUUGUGGUGAAGGAGGUGUGUGGGGCUGUGUCCCGGCGGGCGGCCCAGCUCUGUGGUGCAGGCAUGGCUGCCAUUGUGGAAAAGAAGAGAGAGGACCAGGGGCUGGAGCACCUGAAGAUCACCGUGGGUGUGGAUGGCACGCUGUACAAGCUGCACCCUCACUUCUCUCGAGUUCUGCAGGAGACAGUGGAAGAUCUGGCCCCUCAGUGUGACGUGACAUUCAUGUUGUCAGAGGACGGCAGUGGGAAGGGAGCGGCUUUGAUCACUGCAGUAGCCAAGAGGUUACAGUAGUCAUGGAAGGAGAACUAAGGGUCCCCUGCCAGGCCUGGUGUAUUGCUGAUGCUGACCAGACCUUGCUCUGCGGAUGAGUCAGCCAGGGACCAGCAGGCAACCUCCUGACUGAUCGUCCCUUACCCAUGGCCGAGGGAGAACUAACCCCAGGUUCUUGGAUACUCAGCAUCCUGUUACUGGCUUUCCAAUGACAAUGGCACCUCCAUUUGACAUAUUUGAGCUGAAGAUGGACCAACUUAUGAAAUCAAAGUAUCUGGCCUGAGAGGUCCCUUUUCAACACAUUUCCAGUUUAGGCCUGAGCUAUCAGGGUUCUAUGGCUUCAGGCCCUGUGGCUGCUGGACUUGGAAUCUGCCCAGGGGUCUGGUGAUCACAUUCCUCGCUGGCAAACUGAAGCUGCCUCUGGCAGUAGGUCAGGGCCUCAGCUUGGGGAUGAGUCUUUGAGAGGGAGAAAGACCAUAAUAAAUGAGGGUACUUAAUCUAACCUGUCCUUGUCGUGCUGGCUUCACGGGAGCCUUGAGAACAAGAUUGGCUGAACAUUCAUCUCUGAAUAUGGGGGAGCUGAUUGCCCUGGAGCCUGAGGGAUCUUUCUUGCUUUGGAGGCUGUGUGAACACCUGAGGUUUCAUUCUGCAUGUAUGUGUCUCAGAGUGAGACAACUCGAAGUGUCUGUUUCAUUUUGCAUGUGAUAUGGUUGGCGUCACCACAGUUGGUGUUGCUGCAGGCGAUGUCUGUGCCA